GGCUGGUGGAGACGGUGCUAACAGCCUGGGAGCGUGACUCUUAUUUCUCUUGCAGUUUUUCGUUUCUUUCUGGCCCAUAAGUUGUUUCUAAAAUGUCAGAAGCUCCUGUUCAGGGAAUAUGGUUCGGCACCUCCCAGGAGAGGAGACUUUUCCCCAGUUAUUUUGCACCAGACCGGCUGGGAAACCACAUGAGACGACCGGAUAUGCCGCACCUCGGCCCCGCCUGCUAUGACAACCACGAGUACGGCACCAUACUGUAUGAUAUACAGAAGAAACCGGGCAGUAAGAAAGGAUAUAGUCUGUCUGCGAGGACUGCAGCUCGCUUUCCACCCUGUAGCAAGACAGCGACCCCUUCCCCACAGCAGUACCAGCAGGAUCAGAGCUUCUGCAGAGUCCCCCCUCCUGGCAAAACACCUUUCGCCUCCACCACACAGAGGUUCAAAACCUUGUUGUGUACAGCCGAGGAAAGCCCAGGGCCUGGGACCUACGCUCAUGAUGCAGCGACUGCGAGGAAAGUGAGCUGGCCGAUGUGCUUCGGGACCCCAGACUGGUCCAGACUGCCUCAGAUAGAGAAGAAGUCCCUCAGAGUGAAGCUUAACAAUGAAAAGGAGUUCAUGAAGCACAGACGGAGAGUGGCCUACCUGAGUCUGUACUAUUAAAGUUAACUGACAAAUGCCCCUAUGACAUAGACUCAAGAAGGUCCCUUUGUCCAAUGUUUCAAACUAAAUAUUCACCAACAAUGUAAUGGUUGUAAAAUGAUGGAUAUAUAAAGAGGAAAACCUAA